CCAUCCCCAGGAAGUGUAUAUAUGGUACGGAUUCCAUCUCCUCCCAUUUUGGGCUUCUUUUCGUCCUCUCUUCUACAUUUCACACACACACCCAUUGAUCCUCCUGAAGUCACUGAUUCUUCUGAUCUCCAAAGAGAUACCGCAUCCAACCUCAACCCACACUCAACCAUCACUCCUGUAGACUAUGGAUAAAGGCAUGGAUGAUGAUCUGGAUGAUUUGGAAGAGGUGGUGUAUUUGGAGGAUAUGGAGGACGCUGAAGUCCUGGAGAGUGCCCCACCAUACCCAGGUCAUCCGUUAGAUUAUGGAGGAAAAGACAUGAGCCAGAAUCAACUGGAAAUCCAGGCACCUCCAUAUACUGUAAACGUGGCAUAUACAGCAUCCCCGGAGCCGGGACUCAAAACUGGAGUUCACAAUCCCUACUUUCAAGCAGGUCCAAAUCCUGGAAUGUACCCUCAGGCUGCUAGUCCAAACCCUGGGAUGUACCCUCAGGGUGCCGGUCCAAACCCUGGAAUGUACCCUCAGGUUGCCGGUCCGAACCCUGGGAUGUACCCUCCUGCCAUGGGUCCAAACCCAGGGAUGUACCCUCAACCUAUGACUGUGACAAACUCGAUGGUACUUCCAAGCCUGCGUGAUCAUCCCGGUCAGACCAUGUGCCCUCACUGCAAACACCAAGUGAUCACCAUCACAGAUUACUACUCUGGACUCAUGGCUUGGCUUGCAUGCGGCGGUCUCGCCCUCGUCGGGUGUUGGCCGUGCUGUAUCGCACCGUUCUGGAUGGAUUCUUGUAAAGACGUGGAGCAUCGCUGCCCAAACUGCAACAAGGUCCUGUCGUUCUACAAGCGCCUGUGAUCUGACCUACAGCGCGGCCUGCGUGCCAGUUCCAGACCUUUGGUUUCAACAGGAUCUAAUGGGCAUUACACAGAGAUAUUUCAAAUUAUAUUCAUAUUCGCUGUAAUGAAUAAAAUAAAUCAUAUUUAUAUUAUUAAAUUAAUUAAUUAAACAAUUGUAAAACAGGCAGCAAGUUUACAUCCGUGAAAUUGAUUAUUAAAAUGAUUGAAAUGACACGACAGUCCUAGUUUUAAAUGCAUUACGUGGCAUUUAUUCAUUUAGCAGAUGCUUUUAUCAAAAGGAAAUUACAAACAAAAGAGAGCGUUUAACAUUUUAACAAUGAGUCAACAAAAUGGCGACGAGUCUAGCUGUGAAACUUUAAAUAUAGGCCGCUUUGUGUAUAUGAACUAUUCUAAGAUUGAAACAUCUGACUUUGUCUUAAAAGAUGAACAACCGUUUCAAGCUUCUAUUUAAAGCGGUCUCGUAUAUUGUGCCUUAUGGGAUUAUUGUAAUGUUUAUCGUCUUGUAACUUGAAGGUUAACGAGUAAAUUAACUUGGCUUUUUGGGCAUCCUCAUAAAAGUUUCAUUAUAUCGCUUUUCUGGGCUAGACUAAGUUCAAUUUCGCCUCUUAGCAUCAAUAUAUCAUAAUAAGCCUGUCUUAUGUUAUUAUCUCAAGGUUUACCGUUGUGGUUAUCAUUAAAAUGUAUCAUAUUCUUAUGUAUGGAAGAAAACAAGAUAUAUAGUCAAGCGAGAUUCUUCUAGGUAGACACAAAUGCUGUAGACUUAUUUUCCUCACCUGUAAUUUCGUUGUUAAAAAGUUAAUUCAUUACGUUUAGUUUCUUGUCAUGUAGCAGUUUCUUGCCCAAAUGAGACCUGAGGGCAUUGUAUAAUAAUCUUGAAUUAAAAGUCUAAUGAAGAACAACAUGGUAGUAGAGAGACUAAGUAAAUCUCCAGAGAUUGGAACGAAGCUCUUACAUUUGCACUCUGUGUAUAUAAAAUAGUUGUAAUAAAAUGUAAAUGGUUAAAAUUCUAGUGGAUGUUCAGUUUAUCUAAACCUAUUCUAAGAAUGCUGUAUUCCUGAUUCAAGGGAUAGUUUCACCAAAAAUAAACAAAU